AUGAAUUCGUUGAGGGUGAUUUCGACGAUGACGACGAUUGGAAUGUUAACACGACAAACAUCAGAUCGAAACGCAAGCACAAUAGGUCAUCAAGUAACGGUAGAGCUCCCUCACCAGCUCCAGCUAUAGAUAUUGAUAUCGCUAAGCGUAGUAGAGGUAGGAGAGUGCCCACUUCAGACAACCAACGUGUUUUUAAAUGCCCAGAUCCACGUUGUCAGAAAGUUUUUGUCAGAAAUGAGCAUCUCAAGAGACAUAUCAAGAGUUUACAUAGAGAUGAGAAACCUUUCGAGUGCUUGGAUCCUGGAUGCACAAAGAAAUGUACCAACACCUUCGAAUUCACAACAGAGAUUCAAAGACGGCAACUACGACUAGAAGAAGAUCAUCGAUUUCAACAUCGAACAAUCGCAAAAUCUAGUAUUAUAUCAAACACGGUCAAUAUACCACCACUCAGUUAUGAUCUUCAUUUCUCUUUUUUGCUUAUUUCAGCCUUUUUUGAUGUAAAUUCUUUAGUGUUGUAAACUUACUGUAUGACGUCCAUGAU